CUUCUAGGCUUCAAUCCAGUAGUAGUAAUCCGAAUUCCAUUUUCGUUGCCGUCGAUUAAUCUGAGUUCAUAUCAGUUACAAUUCUCCGACGACCUUCCCGGCGAAUAACUUUUGUACAGAAUUCGCCAAUUUCAUUGGCAAAAUAACUUCUUUCCUUUUGUUAAAUCAAUGCCUCGGUAUUACUGUGACUAUUGUGACACUUACUUGACACAUGAUUCGCCUUCUGUCAGAAAACAGCAUAAUGCUGGUUACAAACACAAGGCUAAUGUCCGAUCUUAUUACUUGAAGCUUGAGGAGGAGCAAACACAGAUUCUGAUAGAUCAGAAAAUCAAGGAGCGCCUUGGGCAGGCAGUAGCCUACCAACAAAUAGGUGCAGCUUAUAAUCAACAUCUUGCUGCUUUCCCUGGUCAACGACCUCGCCUACCUAUGAUGCCACCUCCUAUGCUGCCUGUUCCAGGAGCGAUGCCCCCACAAUUAAUGGCAGGUGCCAGACCUCCCAUUUUGCCAAUUCCAGUUCUUGGUGCUCCAGGUUAUUCAGCGGUACCUCCAACUGCACCAAUUGCAGGGCAGAUGCCACCUGUUGCAUCCUUGCCGAUGCAACCCAAUGCUCUUCCAGCUCCUCCUGCACUGAACCCCCUUGUAGGUGUUCCAGGUGGAACCCCUCCAUCUAAUCUAGGCAGCGCCCCUUUUCCUGCUACACAAUCAAUGUACCAGCCAAAUCCCAAUGGAAUUGCUGCCUCUUCUGCUAAUGGGACAACAACAACCAGCUAAGUUUGUGCUCAAGCCAGUGAUAUUUUGACCAUCUUCUGUGUUCUCAGUAAGAUAUUAUGGUUUUGGAUGAAAUGGCAAGGGAACAAUGGCUUCUUAAUGAGUACCAGUACUGAACAUCAUCAAGUUCUCCUGAUAAUUGUCGAGAAGAGAACUUUUGCUUCUUGAGUUGAUUCUAGGAAGACUAUUGGGUCCUUCAUCUGAUCUACCGAGUAUUUGCUGGUUC